AUGAAGAGAAGCACCCUCCUCAUCCUCUCAAUCACAGGGUUCUACAGUGCCAUUCUCCACACAGCAGCAUGGUCUGUGAAUAACUUUCUGAUGACAGGACCUAAGGCUUACCUGACGUACUCCAGCAGCGUGGCGGCCGGGGCACACAGUGGGAUGGAGGAGUGCAAGUUCCAGUUCGGGUGGGAGCGCUGGAACUGCCCCGAGAGCGCCCUGCAGCUCUCCACCCACAACCGGCUACGCAGCGCUACCCGGGAAACCUCCUUUGUGCAUGCCAUCAGCUCAGCCGGGGUCAUGUACACCCUCACCAGGAACUGCAGCCUGGGAGACUUUGAGAGCUGUGGCUGUGACGACUCCAGGAAUGGCCGCGUUGGUGGCCGAGGCUGGGUCUGGGGAGGAUGCAGUGACAAUGUGGAGUUUGGGGAGAAGGUUUCCAAGCUCUUUGUGGAUGCCUUGGAAACAGGACACGAUACCCGUGCGCUGAUUAACCUGCACAACAAUGAAGUCGGGAGACUUGCAGUGAAAGACACAAUGAAGAGAGCCUGCAAGUGCCACGGAGUGUCGGGCAGCUGCAGCAUCCAGACCUGUUGGCUGCAGCUCGCCGAGUUCCGUGAGAUUGGCAACUACCUGAAGAUCAAAUACGACCAAGCCCAGAAGCUGGAGAUGGACAAGAGGCGCAUGAGAGCUGGCAACAGCGCUGACAGCCGCGGGGCCACGGCAGAAACCUUCCACCACAUCCAUGCCACAGAGCUCGUCUUCCUGGAGGACUCCCCUGACUACUGCACCAGGAAUGCCAGCCUGGGCCAUCACGGCACCGAGGGCCGCGAGUGCCUGCAGACCGGCAAGAACCUCUCGCAGUGGGAGAAGAGGAGCUGCCGGCGGCUCUGCACCGAGUGUGGCCUGCGGGUGGAGGAGCGGAGGACAGAGGUGGUGGCCAGCUGCAACUGCAAGUUCCACUGGUGCUGCACCGUGCGCUGCGAGCAGUGCCGGACGCUGGUGGCCAAGCACUUCUGCACCCGCCGCGACUCCGCCACCCCCAACCACAUCAGGCAAAGGAACAGGGGCCACAGGAGAUAG